UCGACUAACUCACUGCACAAUCUUCACACCCCUCACAUUUCCAUACCCUUUUAAUCGUUUGUUUCCAGUCUCUGACUCGCAAUGGACACGAUAACAAGCAUGGUGGCCGAAAAGCCGGUGGUGAUCUUCAGCAAGAGCUCUUGUUGCAUGAGCCACACCAUCAAGUCACUCAUAUCGAGCUAUGGGGCAAACCCAACAGUGUACGAGCUAGAUGAAAUGCCAAAUGGGCAGGCUAUUGAAAGUGCACUAGUUCAGCAGCUCAAGUGCCAACCAAGUGUGCCGGCCAUUUUCAUAGGGCAACAGUUCGUAGGUGGAGCAGAUCGGGUCAUGAGCCUCCAAGUCAGAAACCAGCUUGUCCCAAUGCUCAUAAGGUCCAAUGCUAUUUGGGUUUGGACUACAACCUGAAUGACAUCCUCAUAUAUCUAUAACAUAAGUUAUACUCUAAAAUCCAGACCUACACUACUUAACAAAGCUCAAAUAACAGUUUUUCUAUUCCCUCGUAGCAUUUAUCCUUUCGGUUGGUAUCAUGAACGGGAGUCAGUAUGAGAUCAAUGUAUACUCUAUCGAGCUAAGCUUUUUUCACCUUCUUUAUCUUGUACUAGCACUACCCUUGACUUCUUCUUUGUCUGGGAAAGGCCGAAGUUAGU